GGCAAGUUGAAAAUCGGUCAUCAUGGAGACCGCCAAGGCAUUGUUUUUGGUGCUGGGUCUUGUCGCCCAGCACGCAUGGGCAUUCGAUCCAUACGGGCAGUAUUAUGGGGCACCGAGCUAUCCUCCUGCGAUAGCAGCGUCUGCCUCAGCGUCUGCAUCUGCAUACGUCGAUUUCUCAGCUGCGCCUUCCUACCUUGAUUAUGCACCUGCACCUACCUACGUUGAUUAUGGAGCUGCACCUGCCUACAUUGAUUAUGCAGCUCCACCUACCUACGUCGACUAUUCACCCGCGCCUACCUAUCUGGACUAUCCCGCACCCAUCCCACUACCUUCACCUUCGUAUCCCCCGCUGCCUUCUUCCUGCCCAGGCGCCAUUACCAUCCAAACUCCCCCGUCCCCGCCUGUAUACGUAUCUCUCCCACCGCCUGCGCCAGUUUACGUCACCCCUCCAGCAUCUCCCCCAGUGCUGGUUGAGGUGCCUCCUUUACCACCAAUGACGGUCACUCCUCCUCCGCUAGCACCUUUCGUCGUCAACCCUCCGCCGCCACCACCGAUGACAGUAACCCCGCCCCCGUUGCCGCCAAUAUGCGUCAACCCACCUCUUCCUCCACCAGUGUACGUCACGCCGCCAACUCCUCCGACGAUGUACAUUAAUCCCCCCGCGCUCCCGCCAAUGUUAGUGGAAGUUCCAUUGCCACCUCCAAUCGUCAUUGAGCUGCCUCCUCCCCCGCCGAUCGUGGUGCAACCGCCACCCAUCGGGCAGAUCAUGGUGCAGCCUCCUCCUCUACCGCCAGUGCCGGUUGAACUGCCCCCGAUGACCCCGAUCAUGGUCCAACCGCCUCCGCUGCCGCCAGUGUGCGUCCAGCCGCCGCCUCCAGCUCCGAUUAGCGUUCAGCCACCUUCACCGCCACCGAUGACGUUGACCCCACCCCCACUUCCUCCCUUCACGGUGCAGCCUCCAGUGCCCGAGCCCAUCUUAUACGAAUCUCCCCCGUCACCCCCAAUUCUAGUCCAACCCCCUCCGCCCCCGCCCUUCUGCGUGCAGCCACCCCCGCCUCCCCCGCUCUGCCUGCAGCCUCCCUCCCCUCCUCCGAUCUGCUGCAACUCCGCACCGCUGCCAUAUAACCCUUAUGAGUUCCCAUCGCCUUACCCUCCGCCACCAGUUGCGCCAAUUUAUUUGUAA